AUGAGGCCCAUGCUCUCUUUGUGUCUGAACCUGGCCCUGGCCUGGGCCUCUGCUUCUGCUCAGACAGUCUGUCGACUCCGGGAGCAUUUCCAUCUGAACGGGAUGUACCACAAGGGGGACGUGGUUCUUGGGGGGCUGUUUGAGGUGCACUUCCUGACAGUGUUCCCUGAGCUGUCUUUCACGUCCAAGCCAGACCAACCAAGGUGUGAGAGGCUUGAUUUUCCAGGGGUCCAGGCAGUGCAGACCAUGGUCUUUGCGAUUGAAGAAAUCAACAAAAACCCAGACCUGCUGCCCAACACCACCCUGGGAUUCCAUCUCUAUGACAACUGCGUGACGCUUGGUGUUGCAUUCCGUGCAGCCACAGCGCUGGUCAGCGGUACAGAGGAGUCCUUCUCUGACUUGGGAUGCACAGGUCCACCCCCGGUUCUGGGCAUGGUGGGUGAUGCAAGCUCCACCCACUCCAUCGCCAUCUCCAGUGUGCUGGGCCUGUUUCGUGUUCCCAUGGUGAGUUACUUUGCCACAUGUUCCUGCCUGAGUGACAGACAGCAGUAUCCCUCCUUCUUCAGAACCAUCCCCAGUGAUGCCUUCCAGGUCAGAGCCAUGGUGCAGAUCCUGCAGAGGUACGGCUGGAAGUGGGUGGGACUCCUCUUUAGCGAUGAUGAUUAUGGGGUGCAUGCAGCCCAAUCCUUCCACCAGGAGGUCAGCCGCUUUGGCUGUGUGGCCUUCUCCGAAAUGUUGCCCAGCAACAACGACCAAGCUGAGGUGCAACGGAUUGUGGGCAUCAUUCGCCGCUCCACAGCGAAGGUGGUGGCAGUGUUUUCCACGGAGGCAAACCUGCUUUCCCUCGCUGAGGAAAUCAGCAUGCAGAACCUGACGGGGCGACAGUGGAUUGCCAGUGAGGCCUGGGCCACCUCGACCAUCUUACUCAUACCUGAGAUGUUGCCCUUCCUGGGCGGAGCCCUGGGCAUCGCCAUUCGUAGGGGAGAUAUCCCGGGGCUCCAGGACUUCCUGCUCAGUCUUCGCCCUGACUUUGACCCUGGAAACAACAUGGUGAACAUGUUUUGGGAGGAGAUGUUCAGUUGUAGGUUCAAAGCAGACUCUCCCGGCAGGGUGUGCACGGGUCAGGAGAGUCUGGAGGGCACAGAGUCAGCAUACAGUGACGUGUCUGCGCUCCGGCAGUCUUACAAUGUCUACAAAGCGGUGUACGCCCUGGCACAUGCCCUGCAUGAUCUGCUGCUGUGCACGCCUGGGACAGGGCCCUUCCCAGGACACUCCUGUGCUGAGCUGCACACUCUGCAACCCUGGCAGCUGCUGCACUACAUGCAAAGGGUUAACUUUACCACCAGCUUUGGUGACCAAGUGUCCUUUGACAAAAAUGGUGAUGCCCUGGCCAUCUAUGAUGUGAUGAACUGGCAGAGGACAGCAGACGGGACCGUCAGAGCUGUGACAGUUGGGGUGUUUGACGAAUCCGCCCCUCCUGGACAGAAGCUCCUGCUGGAGGAAGAAAACAUCUUCUGGAAUUUUGAGUCACAUGAACCCCCACACUCCAUCUGCAGUGAGCCCUGCCCCCCAGGCACCAGGACAGCAAUACGGAAGGGUGAGCCAGUCUGCUGCUUUGACUGCCUUCCCUGUGCAGAUGGGGAGAUCAGCAACCAGACAGAUUCCAGUGAGUGCUACAGGUGUCCAGUGGACUUUUGGUCAAACCAACUUCGAGACCGCUGUGUACCCAAGGAAAUUGAGUUUCUCUCCUUCCAGGAACCCCUGGGGAUCUCCCUGACAACCAUCUCAGUGUUGGGGGCGUGCAUCUGCGCAGUUACCGUAUCCAUAUUUGCCCACCACAGGAACACACCAGUUGUGAAGGCAAACAAUUCUGAGCUCAGCUUCCUGCUGCUGCUGUCACUCACAUUGUGCUUUCUGUGCUCCCUGCUGUUCAUUGGCCAGCCCCAACGGUGGACCUGCCAGCUGAGGCAUGCUGCAUUUGGGAUCAGUUUUGCCCUCAGCAUCUCCUGCAUCCUGGUCAAGACCAUCGUGGUGGUGAUGGCCUUCAAGGCUGCGCGACCAGGCGGGAAUACGAUGAAGUGGUUUGGUGUACAGCAGCAGAGGGGCACUGUGCUGGCCUUCACCAUCAUCCAGGCAGUGAUUUGCGUGGCAUGGCUGACCGCUGCUUCACCGGUGCCCUACAAAAACACCCGUUUACAGAACUCUAAGAUCAUCUAUGAGUGUGCGGUUGGGUCAAUAGCCGGGUUCAGUGCUCUGCUGGGCUACAUUGGCCUGCUGGCAGCCAUCAGUUUCUUGCUGGCCUUCCUGGCAAGAAAUCUGCCUGACAACUUCAACGAGGCCAAGUUCAUUACCUUCAGCAUGCUCAUCUUCUGUGCCGUCUGGAUCUCCUUUGUCCCCGCCUAUGUCAGCUCUCCAGGAAAGUACUCAGAUGCAGUGGAGAUAUUCGCCAUCUUGGCCUCCAGCUUCGGGCUCCUGGGAGCGAUAUUUGCCCCAAAAUGCUACAUUAUCCUGCUGCAUCCAGAGAAAAACACCAAGAAGGCACUGAUGGGACGAGAUGCUCCAAAGCAGUGAAUGUUUUUUUAAUACUUAUUUAAAAUGUCAUUGUUAUAAAUCUAUGAACCUAUCUGUUUUAAAUAUGUAUUGAUAUAUGACUUGUACUGAAAUUAUGUAAAUCCAAUGACAUGCACCAACAUAAAAGCAAUAAAGAUCAUUGAUUUUUAUUGAGUAUUCAUUAAUUAGAGUGAUUUAAAUCUAUUCAGCAUAAUAUUGUUAUGAACCGGUCUCGGACUGGACCCAAAUGCAGGACUCAGAGACAGCAGUAGAUGGAAUACAAAAAGGGGUUUGAGUACAGACAGAGGGCGGUAGCAACCAGGGCAGACUUGGGACAGGAACCGUGAGGGUAGGUGCAGAGGUCCGGGAUCCGGCUUGGCGUGGCGCUGAACAGGCUGUGGCAGGAACCCAGGCAGGCUUGGAGCAGGGCUGUGAGGUUUUGUGGGGAGAUCCGGAAUCCGGCUUGGCGCUGAACGGAAUACCUCCGGUGUCGGUGGCGGAGCUGGGCUGGAGACUGGGAGGCCGGCGAAGGACGGGCUGGAUCGGGAGGUUGGAGCUGGGGAGGUAACUGGGGAGAACAGGGGAACACGGACAAGACGCAACGCAGACAACACGUAGGCACGACAGACAGGGGAACACUGAACAAGGUACAUGAACAAACAAUCUGUGGCCAAGGAAACAGUGCGAGGUGAGGAAACUGAGGAAGGUGCAGAGAAAACGGGGUAUAGAAAUUAGUGCUAGGCUAGGGUUUAAACGCGAUAGCAAGGUGUGCCGCUGGGCAACAAAUCAACGAUCUGGCAAAGACAGAAACAAAAAGUGUGGCUUUAUAGUCUGGUGCUGAUUGGAAUUAAUCAGGGAGGGUGUGAGGAAUGCGACCUGAACGAGUGUGAAAAUUGCUGAGGGCUGGAAGUGAUUAGGGAGUGUAUGGGGAAAGAUCACACCCACCCUGUGGGGAAAAGCAAAGACAUGGUGAGGAACAAAGCACACGGAACAGAAAUAACCGGAACACAAGGGAAACCAUAUGACAACCGAAACACGGGGGC